AGAGGUUCCUUAUUUUCUCAGAUUCCUCAUAGAAAAUUUUCACUCUUUCUUACUGUUUAAAAUUGGGUAAAAUAAGUGAAAGGUCUAAAUAAGCAUCAUGGUUUGAAUAUCAAGAAUGGAUUUCCCGUCUCCUCCCCAGUAGAGAAUAUCUUUUGUUCAUUUAUCCUUAUUCCUAGCGUCUCGAUAGUUCGUGAACACGAUUUGCAGCACUUUCUUUACCUUUAUGGCCUGGAAUCAACCUCCUCCGGGACACCAGCCUGGUUAUAAUCCAGCUUAUGGUGGGCAGUAUAAUUAUGGUCAACCACAGGGAUAUCAACAGCAGAACCCAUAUGGUCCUCCACCUCCAGCAUCACAGUAUCCUCCUGGUUAUCCAGGGGGGUGGGGAGGCCGUCCAGGUCCUCCUCCUGGGGUUGAUCCAGUCCUCUGGGAUUGGUUUCAGGCAGUUGAUCAGGAUAGAUCUGGAAAAAUAACUGCCAAAGAAUUGCAGCAAGCUCUCUUAAACAACAACUGGUCGCAGUUUAAUCCAGAAACUUGCCGACUAAUGAUUGGCAUGUUUGACAAAGAUCAAUCUGGCACAAUUGACAUUCAUGAAUUUUCAGCACUGUGGAAAUACAUCCAGCAGUGGAAACAAUGUUUUGACAGCUUUGAUCGUGACCGAUCAGGAACAAUUGAUGCUAAUGAACUUCAAACAGCCUUCACAAGCUUUGGAUACAGAUUAUCACCAAGUUUCUGUAAUCUGUGUGUGCGCAAAUUUGAUCGCUUGAAUGUUCACACGAUGAAGUUUGAUGACUUCAUUCAGUGUUGUGUUAUGCUGAAAUCUUUAACAGAUGCUUUUAGGAAACAUGAUCAUCAACAGACUGGCACAGUUACCAUCAAUUAUGAACAGUUUCUAGAAAUGGUGCUUGGACACACUUUGAGUGGAACAUAACAAUGUUGAUAUGCAGUGUUGAACCUUUGACUCUCCAAGUAGUCCUCCAGGCAGUAUGUCAUCUUUUGAAGGGUUUCACUGGCUUGCACUUCAAAACUGCAAGCUAAAAGUACUAAACCUUACUUACUAUAGGUACAAUUAGAAUAUCAUUUUAAUAAAUUGUGUAAUCUUGGGUAUGACAUAUAUGUUUUCCUUUUACAAAAUCAGGGGAAGUGUUUAGGAUGAACUGUAUUUACCUGUAGGUUAUUAAAAUCUUUGUUGUCUGUUUCCCCAGUGUCUGCACUUGUUAUGAAUAAAUGGGGGGAACUUCUGUUUUCUUUUGGAUUUAAAUUAGCUCUUCAAAAAUAGAAAGACAGUGCAAUUAUAUUAAGAUUUUUUUUCAUUGUCAUUUGCUUAAGACAUGCUUUUAAAUGGGAAAACCAUAAAGUUUUUUUUAUAGGAGAGAGCUUUACAACUGCCUCUAUAGCAUAUUUUAUUGUAUAUUAGACCACAUAAUUUUAAGUUUACAAGCAAUGUUACUCCUAGCAGUUUUUACAAGUUGUUUGUUAGCCCUUUGGUGUUAGCAAUAUUGAUAUUCUGUAGUAUUAAGUGUUGUCUAGAUAAGAUAUAUUACACUGUUUCUGCAAGAA